UUGCUGCAACACAUCUAACCUGCUUAUGAAACUGCUGUGACAUUUCUGAGAAAGAAAACGAGUUACAUGAAGGAAGAGUCACUCAGACAACUCUUACUCACGUAAGGAGGCUCAACUUUCUAGACUUUCCACUAUACCUGAUGGAAACCUUGAAACACUGGAGUUCACUACAUGGAUAUAUUGUGUUUAUGCUUCUUACAACUGUCGGCACAGUAACAGGUCACGAUGAGAGGGGAGGUAGAUGUAAAGUAAGAUAGCAGUUAAAAUGAGAUCCCUGCAGCUGCUGCCUUCUCUAUAGAUGAUUGCUGCGGGUUUGUGGCUGAUCCCUAAAAAUGUUCAGCAUGUGAAGCUCCUUCGAGUCCUGAGUGCUUCAGGGAAAGCGAUGACGGAUCAGUUUACACGUGCGAGUGGAGCACGAACAACACCGCUGAUAGCAACGUGACAUUUGACCUUUUCUUUAAUGAAACAAAAUUUGGGGGCAUUAAGACGACCAGGCAUCACAUCAUUGAGGAACUGCUGAUUCGAUAUCGAGCUGUUUACAUUUGGGUGGAAGCUCAUGUGGGGAACUCCAGCUGCACGUCGCCCAGGAGUUAAGUUUGAUGCACCACAAAAUAUUUCCAUGUUUUGGUCAGAAAACAACCUCACCUUGAUGUGGAAGAAUCCAGGGAAGCAUCCGGCUUUAGCCGAGGUCUGGUUUCGCCGAGACGGACCGGCCACAGAAUCAUGGGAGAAAAGAUUAACAAACACCACCGUAUUGACUGCUCACAGCUCUCGAAAGAUCCUGACUUCAAUGUGUCCGACUCUAAAAGAAGAGGUGACUUCUGAAUACCAGGCGGCUGUUGUGAAUCUCUUGAAGCGUUCAGCUUACCAGGUUCAGAUCAGACAUCGGUCCACUCAGGUUAAAACCCCGCUGUGGAGCAAAUGGUCUCCAGUUGUGGUUGUUCCUGCAGAGCUUGAACAUGAGCCUGAAGUCACCAUGACAACAAAACAUUUGAAAGGCUUUCGAGAAGUGACGCUGUCCUGGAAGCCGAUGCCACGUGCAGCAGCGGCGGCAGCAGCAGGAGUGAACUACACUGUGGCGGACACACAGUCUUCUCAUGGAUGUCCUUGUGCGAGGAGGACAAUUGACAUCAACACAAACAAAUACACUAUCAAUGUGACGUACUCUGCCGUCAACAUCUCUGUUAUCGCCAGAAAUGCAGCGGGGUGUUCUCCUUCAGCCGUCAUUCAAGUACCGGCUGAACCUAUGGCAAAUUUAGAAACUUGUGACAAACCGUUGGUUGACAAACUCAACAGGAAAACUUGCAAGCAGUGGUACGAGCGUCAAGAAGAAACUUCAAAGCCAGAAAAUAUCAUAACUUUAGCGAGUAAAAAAAAACAAGAAAGGAAGACAGAACGAAAGAGAGGCGUGGCUCUGUUAAAGGAGUAUGUUGGCUAUCUUUACUUUGAACACGUAUGUGAUGGUGGGAAUCCACGGACCGUUAAAGCGUGCCUCUAUUACAUUAGAGAGGGUGAACCACGCGCAGCACCUGAGGAUUUCACUGCUCCGAGUAAAACACACAGUUCUGUUACCCUUUCCUGGAAAGCGAUCGCCUCUGUGGACCGGCGAGGCGUCCUCACACACUACAGGCUGUGCACCGUGAAGCUCGGCUCGCAGGAUGAGCAAAGAGAGUGCCAUAAUGUAUCAGCCUCCCUGACAAAAUUACAUCUGGAAAAGUUGACACCGGGAGCAAAAUACAACAUCAGCCUGGCCGCAGUGACGCGAGUGGGAACGGGACCCGCGGCCACAGUGAUUGUCAGCACACUGCAGGCGAAAACUGUGAAUGCGUGGUUGAGUUUCGGCCUGCUCUUUGUGUUCUUCUUAGGCUCAACGAUGUGCACCGUUGUCCUGAAGAGAAUCAAAAACAGGAUCUUUCCUCCCGUGCCGACACCUGUUAUUCCAGAUUUCUCCUCCAAUCAGCCGGAGCAUCAGGGGAUGCUGGAGGGGAAAGAGGAGUUGCAUGAUGAGCUGAUGCUGCUCCAGCUGCAUCCGGAGGGGAAGUCUGUGCCCGAGGACACAGAGGAAUCCACGGCCCUCCGAGAAGCGUGGGACGCUGGGAGCGACACGGACGUGAAGAAGACCGAGAGGGGCGAUUCAAGGUCGUCAGGAGGGAGCGGCGAUGACAGUCCUGACUCGGCAGGUCAGGCACCGAGGAGCUCCAGAGAGGGAAAGACGACAGAUCUGGACCAGGUGGACAAUGAGCUCGCCAUGCUGAUAUACAGGAAUGGCUUGGUCUUUGAUGUGAAGACAGAUUCACCUUAAAAUGGAUGAAGUCCCGAUGCACUAAAUGUGUCGCAGCACUAAAUUACACAAAGUGUCGACGCAUUUCUUCACUUAUACGAAAGACUCGAUUAUCGAAUUUUGUUUUGAGAGUCUUUAACUUUUUGAAGAUUAUAUAUCAGCAAAUCUUGUUACUAAGAAUUUAUUGGUUUGUGUAUUCCUUUUUUAAAACGUUUCCAUAAAGAGGCCACUAUAAGAGAGCAGGAGGGUUGACCAGUCACACGCUUUGUCAAUGCAAGUUUGUUAAAAAACAUUUUUUAAUUCUAAACUGUGGUAAAGCUUUGUUCAGACAAUUUUUUUUCUUUUUGUUUGUUUUUCCCAGACAAUAAAAUUGUGAUGACAUACA